UAUCUGACCAAGUAUCGUCACACAUCAAGAAAAUCCGAAAGAACCGACAUGACCAUCGUAUUGGUAUCGUUGAUUGUCGGAGUGUUUGUUGCACUCUACCUAUAUCUGACUCGAAAUUACAAGCACUGGCAGAAACAUGGAAUUCCGACUAUUGAUGGAGUCUUACCAGGAUUCGGUCACAUGUUACCAGUGAUAAGCAUGAAGACAUACUUCGGUGAUUUCUUUGGCAAGAUCUACGACAACGCCAAAGGCCAUAGUAUGGUUGGCAUCUACGAUUUCACGAUGCCAGCGUUAAUGAUUCGCGACCCGCAGUUGAUAAAGACGGUGCUGCAGACCAAUUUCUCGAAUUUUUCUGAAAACGUCGGUUUCUUCGAUCCCAAGUUAGAUCUGCUCGUUGCGCAUAAUCCCUUGGUCCUCACCGGUGAAAAAUGGCUGGCCAGCAGAAAGCGCCUGACCUAUGGAUUCUCCAGCAUGCGAUUGAAGAUCCUGCUCGAGAGUGUCAAGAAAGUGUGUGGGAUGUUCGAAGAUUAUAUCGACGGAAAGAUGAUCAACGGGAAAGCGGAAUUUGAGAUAAAAUCCCUAUGCGCCAGGUACAUCGCACAGGUGGCAGCGGGCGCCGGUUUCGGCGUGGACGGAUAUUGUUUCGACGAUUCGAAAAAGGAAAUAUCCUUCCGAAAAAAGAGUCGAGCCAUUUUUGAGCUAAGCACGAGACAUUUGAUCAUGUUCUCCCUCGUAUUUCUUAUCCCGUCGUUGAAUAAAAUCUUUCAAAUGGGCUUUGUUCCCAAGCACGUCGAUCAUUUCUUCAGGACGUUGGUCGCGGAUCUCAUGGAGCAAAGGAGAAAAGACAGAAUUCCGAGGAAGGAUUUUCUCCAAUUGAUGGCCGAGCUCGAACUAGCGAAAGGCGACAAGUUCGACAUUGAGAUGCUCAUGGGACAGUCAUUGUCCUUCAUCAUCAACGGUUACGAGACCUCCAGCACCGUUAUGAGCUUCAUUUGCUUCCAUCUAGCUAGUUAUCCGAAAGUACAGGAGAAAUUACGUGAAGAAGUGUUGUCCAUGCUCAAUAAGUACGAUGGUGUCAUCACUUAUGAGGGUUUGAAGGAAAUGACGUAUAUGGAUCAGGUUCUCAACGAGUCCUUGAGGAAGGUGCCCGCGGGAACUAUCAUGAAGAAGCGAUGCACGGAAGAGUUCGAGCUACGGGGAUCCGAUGGACUCGUCUACCGCAUAAAACCUGGAAUGGAAAUUCUUUUACCGAUUCAAGGCCUACACGAGGAUCCUCAUUAUUGGGAGAAUCCUGAAGUGUUUGAUCCUGAAAGAUUCAAUCCGGAGAAAAAGAACAUCGAGAGAUUUAUUUAUUUUCCUUUUGGCGAAGGCCCGCGAAUCUGCGUGGGGAUGAGGAUGGCUCAGUUGCAGAUAAAGGCGGGUCUGACAAUAAUUCUGAGAAAAUACAGCAUGGAAGUAUCACCGAAGACGCGACUACCAGUACAGUUGAUUCCUAGGGCUAUUUUGCCAACAGUAAAAGGCGGUUUAUGGGUCAAUUUCCGAUACGUGGUCAAAGCUACAUCAAUCUAUCUGACCAAGUAUCGUCACACAUCGAGAAAAUCCGAAAGAACCGACAUGGCCAUCGUGUUGGUAUCAUUGAUUGUCGGAGUGUUUGUUGCACUCUACCUAUAUCUGACUCGAAAUUACAAGCACUGGCAGAAACAUGGAAUUCCGACUAUUGAUGGAGCCUUACCAGGAUUCGGUCACAUGUUACCAGUGAUAAGCAUGAAGACAUACUUCGGUGAUUUCUGUCGCAAGAUCUACGACGACGCCAAAGGCCACAGUAUGGUUGGCAUCUACGAUUUCACGGUGCCGGCGUUAAUGAUUCGCGACCCGGAGUUGAUAAAGACGGUGCUGCAGACCAAUUUCUCGAAUUUUUCUGAAAACGCCAUUUUCGUCGAUCCCAAGUUAGAUCCGCUCAUUGCACAUAAUCCCUUCGUUCUCACCGGUGAAAAGUGGCUGGCCAGCAGAAAGCGCCUGACCUACGCAUUCUCCAGCAUGCGAUUGAAGAUCCUGCUCGAGAGUGUCAAGAAAGUGUGUGGAAUGUUCGAAGAUUAUAUCGACGGAAAGAUGAUCAACGGGAAAGCGGAAUUUGAGAUAAAAUCUCUAUGCGCCAGGUACACCGCACAGGUGGUGGCGGGCGCCGGUUUCGGCGUGGACGGAUAUUGCUUCGACGAUUCGAAAAAGGAAAUAUCCUUCCGAGAAAAGAGCCAAGCCAUUUUUGAGCCAAGCACGAGACACUCGAUCAUGUUCUCCCUCGUAUUUCUUAUCCCGUCGUUGAAUAAAAUCUUUCAAAUGGGCUUUGUUCCCAAGCACGUCGAUCAUUUCUUCAGAACGUUGGUCGCGGAUCUCAUGGAGCAAAGGAGAAAAGACAGAAUUCCAAGGAACGAUUUUCUCCAAUUGAUGGCCGAGCUCGAACUAGCGGAAGGCGACAAGUUCGACAUUGAGACGCUCACGGGACAGUCAUUGUCCUUCAUCAUCGACGGUUAUGAGACCUCCAGCACCGUUAUGAGCUUCAUUUGCUUCCAUCUAGCUAGUUAUCCGAAAGUACAGGAGAAAUUACGUGAGGAAGUGUUGUCCAUGCUCAAUAAGUACGACGGUGCCAUCACUUAUGAGGGUUUGAAGGAAAUGACGUAUAUGGAUCAGGUUCUCAACGAGUCCAUGAGGAAGGUGCCCGCGGGAACUAUCAUAAAGAAGCGAUGCACGGAAGAGUUCGAGCUACGGGGAUCCGAUGGACUCGUCUACCGCAUAAAACCUGGAAUGGAAGUUCUUAUACCGAUUCAAGGCUUACACGAGGAUCCUCAAUAUUGGGAGAAUCCUGAAGUGUAUGAUCCCGAAAGAUUCAAUCCGGAGAGAAAAAAGAACAUCGAGAAAUUUGUCUAUCUUCCUUUUGGCGAAGGCCCGCGAAUCUGCGUGGGGAUGAGAAUGGCUCAGUUGCAGAUAAAGGCGGGUCUGACAAUAAUUCUGAGAAAAUACAGCAUGGAAGUAUCACCGAAGACGCGAUUACCAAUACAGUUGAUUCCUGGGGCUAUUUUGCCAACAGUAAAAGGCGGUUUAUGGAUCAGUUUCCGCGAGCUCUAAGUACGAAUAUUUUUGUUUAAACUCUUUUCGAAUUUUCAG